AUGGCUACCACGAUCUGGUCAAAAAGAAGAGAGAAUAGCAACAUGGGCAGUUUAGCAUCGGCUCCGUGCACUAUCUUCUCGAGUACAUCCACGCUUUCGCCUCGUCAAAUAGCCAAUAAGGCGUUGACAUUAGGUUGUAAAAAGCUGGAUCGAGACGAUAAACGAAGCAAGCAGCGAUACCAUGUACGCGAACGAUUGUUACUGUGCAAUACGAUAGCCAAAGCAGAAGAAGUAUUGAACAAACGCACAAGACGAACGAAUCGUCGUGUGUUGGCUGCUGAAGAGGAAGACGAAGAUCAGAGUGAUGAAGAGUACUUUUCUACAACCAACGGUGGUAGUCAGAAGCAAGCACAGGAGGAGCAAAAGCUGCAACAGCCACAGUCGUUCCAUUUUCACCACAAAAAUCAGCAAGAAUUCACUGUAAAACAGCAUCAUUCUCCUUUAUUACGGGAUAUUUCCAACGAAAACGAGGAGGAAGAAUCUGAGAAAGCGGCAGUGGCACAGAAGAAGACAUCAGCACAACCAAGCAUCCUACCCACAACAGAGGGUUCUUUUGCUUUUUCGAAAAGAAAGCUUCCAACCUAUGAGCAGAUAAAUGGUGUCCACUCUUUCAUCUCCACACCUAAACCAGUCUUGAAAAUGACACAGGCAAACUUUUACUGGCGUUGGUCUGUGCAUAAUUUCAAUUGUGGCGCGUAGAAAGGAUAAUGCGAAGAAAAGAAAAGAGCAGGCAUAAAACCCCUCAAAAAACGGACAAUAAUAUGCUCCAUUUUAUUUUAUUUUUCUGUUUACAAGGGUCCAAGAUGCAAUAUCAAUUAGAUGAGAAUCACCCAUUUUUGGGUCCCCUUUUUUUUAUUUUUUUUAUAUUUUUUUGGGAUUCUCGUGUUUAUAGCUUACGACUAGCAAAAUCGUACUGGAAUAAUAGGCGAACUAUUCUAGAUAUAUUUUUUUUCUCCUAAAAGGCACAUUGUAACCCAAGGGCACAAUAAAAAAACUUUCUCACCAUGAGAACGCGAUGAUUUCUCG